AAGUGGGCUCUACUUAAGAUGACAUUAGGACGCUGGGUGGGCCAGGGUAUUAUCUGCUUAUUGGCCAGAAUUCCAGGAAGUGGUUCUGAAUGCUAUCAUCUACACUUGCAUAUACGUGCUUACCUAUACUUAAACAUUAUUUUAUGUAUUUUUAACUUCCUUCAAUUUUUAUUACUCUUUGUGAGUAAAGUGAAAUAUUCUUCAAACUUCUAAAAUUGCCUAUAUUGACUUAGGCAUAUGCUUUGGAAAAUUUUAGAUUGUAUCAAAUGUGACUGAUUUGGAUUUUUUUAUCUGCCUCACAGUGGCCCACAUAUUCUUAUACAAUUAGUUCCUUAGAGUACCUGAUCUUAUAUGUUAAUGUUAAAAUUGACAGUAUGCAGUGCUGUUAGUAUCCUUUUUACUGUGGGGAAAAAAAGCAAAUCUCUUUGUCUAUAAAGUCAAUCAUGAAUUCCAUCUUCCAUACCUAACCCUCUGCUGUUUAAUGGUGUGGCAUUGGACCUAGACUUUAAACAUCCCAACUGAACCUUUUAGAAUAGAUUCAUGUAAGACCCAAGUACAAACAGAAUUGAUUUGUGUGAGUGUUUUACCGUGAUCUACAGCUACAGCAUUUAAAGCACAUUUCCUCAUCAUAAAUUUUCCUUCUGAGACAUGUCUGCUGUGGUCUUGUGUAACAUAAACAGCAUCCAUAAUAGAUAACCGUAUCCAGACCUUAAAUGUAUUUCUUCUUCCUUCCUGUAUACUGCUUGUAAGACUGUUGUUUCAUCCUGUUUUCAUGGAGUUAGAACAUUCAUGAUAGAAUAUGACUAUGUUAGAAAUAAUCUUUUUUAGUAAUUAUCUUCACUCACAUUCCAUCUCUUUAUGUCCAGGAAAGCACUUCCAGGUUGUACAUGGUCAAACCAUAUACUUUUGUUUCAGGGUCUGUUGACAUUCGGGGAUGUAGCUGUGGACUUCCCCCAGGAGGAGUGGGAAUGCCUGGACUCUGCUCAGAGGGCUUUGUACAUUGAUGUGAUGUUGGAAAAUUACAGCAACCUGGUCUCUGUGGAGAACUAUUGCAAAUGUGAUCCUGUCCAUCAACACGUAACUAAUGAAAAGGAGUAUUCUCAAUAUAAUAAACUUGACAAAGUGCUUGAUGACCCCUCUACAAGUACACUUUAUAAAACAGGUGAAACUACAGAAAACUCUAAUAACUACAGGUGCAGUAACCACAGGGAUGCCUCCAUUGACUCAUCAAACCCAGACAGACAUGAAAGCAUGCACACUGGAAAAGAAACUUGCAAAUCUAAAGAUUGUGAGAAAUCUUUAAAUUUGUGUGCCAACCUUACUCAAGAUCAGAGACUCUAUACUACAAAGAAAGAGCACAGGCAGCGAGAAUAUGAUGACUAUUUCAGUGCUGCAUACAGACUUUUGCAACAACCAAUCUAUAUUGGAGAAACACCGUACCAAUGUGGGAAAUGUGAGAAAUGCUUCAGUACUGCCUCAAGCCUUACUGUACAUGAGAGAAUUCAUACUGGAAAAAAACCCUACAAGUGCAACUUUUGUGACAAAUCAUUUAACCAGUGUGCAAAUCUAAAAACACAUCAGAGACUUCAUACUGGAGAGAAACCUUACAAAUGUAAAGAAUGUGGAAAGUCAUUUCCACAGUUAUCAGCACUUAAAAGCCAUCAAAAAAUGCAUACUGGAGAGAAACCUUACAAAUGUAAGGAAUGUGACAAAUUGUUUGCCCACUGUUCUAGUUUCAGGAGACAUCAGAAAAUCCAUACUGAUGAGGAACGUUAUAGCUGUGAAGAAUGUGGCAAGGUCUUUCAUCAGAUUUCACACCUUAAAAGCCAUUACAGACUCCAUACUGGAGAGAAGCCUUACAAAUGCAAUGACUGUGACAGAUCCUUUCCCCACUAUUCAUCAUUGAGUAGGCAUCAGAAAACUCAUUCUCUAGAGAAUUUUCACAAAUGCAAAGAAUGUGGUAAGCCCUUUCUUGAAUUAUCACAUCUUAAAAGACAUUACAGGAUCCACACUGGUGAGAAGCCUUACAAAUGUGAGGUAUGUGACAGAUCCUUUACUGUGAAUUCAACUCUUAGAACACACCAGAAAAUUCAUACUGGGGAGAAACCUCACAAAUGUGAGGUAUGUGACAAAUCUUUUACCAAGUACUCACAUCUUAAAAGACAUCAGAGUAUUCACACUGGAGAGAGACCUUACAGAUGUAAGGAAUGUGACAGAUCUUUUACUGAGUUCUCAACUCUUAGAGAACAUCAGAAAAUUCAUACUGGAGAGAAACCCUACAAAUGUGGAGAAUGUGACAAAUCCUUCAUCCAACGGUCAAAUCUUAGAAUACAUCAGAGAGUUCAUACUGGAGAGAGACCUUAUGUAUGUAAGGAAUGUAACAAAUCUUUUACUAAGUGUUCAACUCUUCAAGCACAUCAGAAAAUUCAUACUGGAGAGAAACCUUACAAAUGUAUGGAAUGCAACAAAUCUUUUACCCAGGACUCACAUCUUAGAACACAUCGCAGAGUUCAUACUGGAGAGAGACCUUACAGUUGUAAGGAAUGUGGCAAAUCUUUUACUAGGCGCUCAUAUGUUAAAGCACAUCAGAAAAUUCAUACUGGAGAGAAACCAUACAAAUGCAAAGACUGUGGCUUUUCCUUUAUCCAGAUGUCGAAUCUUAGAAGACAUCAAAAAAUUCAUACUGAAGAGAAAAAUACUGUUGUAAAUAAUGUGACAUAGCAUUUUCUGGUGUUCUCUGUUUACAAAUCACAACAGUAUACAAAAUAGAAAUAGAUAAGAAAAUUUUGAAAGUCUUUAAUGAAGGUUUACAUUUAAAACAAUAUCCUAGAGUGUAUAUUAAAAUAAAACUCUACAAAUGUAA